AUGCCACGUAAGCUACGUAAGAAUAUACGUAAGAGGAAGAGAGCAUUGAAACAUCCAAUAGUAAAACUGACACCACAACAACAGUUGCAACAACAAAUGAUGAAUGACCCCACUAUGUUGCAACAAAUGUCAAGCAACCCUAUGCUUUUAAACCGAGUUAUUGGUGCACAGAGUGGAGGUUUAAGAGCGGCACUUUUAGCGAAAAUGGCAGGCUAUGGUGGAGCUGCAGACGGAACAGCUUAUAACCCUCAAAGUCAAAUGAAUUUGAGUUCACUCAAAAAUCAAAUAACAGAUGUCAAAAAGUCAAACAUAGACAUACAGAAACAAAUAAGUGAAAACGAAAAGAAACUAGAAUAUGACAGACACACAAAGAAACUCAAUGAGUUAAACGUAGAGAAAAAGAAGAAAGAAGAACAACUGAAAGAACUAAGUACAGAGGAAUAUGCGAAAAAAGUGUCAGAAAAAGCAGCAGAAGUAGCAAAAAUGGAACAAGAUGUUAUAAAUUUGAAAAACCAUACUACUCAAUAUAAAGUACUGAAAGAUGAAGAGAUAAAACAAAAAGCCCUGAAGACAUAUAUGGAUAGCGAUGAGUAUAAAAAAGAAGUUGAAGCAAAUGUAAAGGCAGAAAAACUUUUACAGUUGCAAAACCAAACCGUACAGUAUGAAAACUUAGCACAAGAAAGUAAAAAUAACGACGCAGCCAUGCAAAAGGCAAUGAAAAGCGCAGAAUAUAUAAAAGCUAAUAAUGACUGGUUAGAUGCCCAAGCCAACGCUAAAGCAGCCCAACUUAUAGGGUCAAUAAGGACAAAAAUACAAGCGGAUGAAGACAGUUCAAAUGAAGCUUUAAUGAAUGCUGACUUUAAGAACGCCUUCGAAGCUCUUCAUAGUAAGGUGAAACUAGUGAACGACUUCUCAUCUGGAAAGAAACUGAAGUCUGAAGGUUUCGACAAAGAGUUAAGAGAAGUAGCACAAAAUAUGACGAAAAUAACAGAUGCAGCAACGAGACAGGCAGUUCAAAGUGCCUAUGACGCCGUUAGAACAACUGUUGUGGAAAGUCAAGAAAAAGAGUUACAACAGACCAAAACAGACCUAGUAAAUGCUUUCUUAAGAACGAAAAGUCAGGUAGGACAUUAUGCUGCAGAUGGAACAUAUGUGCCAGCUGGUGGAACUUAUAUACCACCAAACCCUCCAAGAGAAGCACCUGCACCAGGACUACCUAAAACAUUUACAUCGUCACAUGGACACAGACACAGGCAUGCACCAAAACACUGCACCACAACCAACAGUUCAAAACACUGCACCACAACCAACAGUUCAAAACACUGCACAGCAACCAACAGUUCAAAACCCUGCACAACAACAACCACAAACAGAGCAAGGACAUAA